CUCCUCCCCCAGGAAACCAGGGCCAACCGUGUCAGAACUCUGCAAAGAGGUGCACACUGUCUUUCAAUUCCAGUUUUCCUGAUUUCUGGUUCCUUCAUUGUUGUGAACAGUCCCACCCACAGUUCUGGACUUCAGUGACCCCUUCAGCACAGAGGUGAAGCCCAGGAUCCUGCUCAUGGGGCUGAGGAGGAGCGGCAAGUCAUCCAUCCAGAAAGUCGUCUUUCAUAAGAUGUCUCCCAACGAAACCCUCUUCUUGGAGAGCACGAACAAGAUCUGCCGGGAGGACGUUUCCAACAGCUCCUUUGUAAAUUUUCAGAUUUGGGACUUCCCAGGACAGAUUGACUUUUUUGACCCUACCUUUGACUAUGAGAUGAUCUUCCGGGGAACAGGAGCACUGAUAUUUGUCAUAGACUCCCAGGAUGAUUACAUGGAGGCCCUGGCCAGGCUCCACCUCACAGUGACCAGGGCCUACAAAGUGAACACCGACAUCAACUUUGAGGUAUUUAUACACAAAGUGGAUGGUCUGUCAGAUGACCACAAAAUUGAAACCCAAAGAGAUAUUCACCAGAGGGCAAACGAUGACCUUGCAGAUGCUGGAUUAGAAAAAAUUCACCUCAGCUUUUAUCUGACAAGCAUAUAUGACCAUUCAAUAUUUGAAGCUUUUAGCAAAGUGGUUCAGAAACUGAUUCCACAGCUCCCCACUCUGGAGAAUUUGCUAAACAUCUUUAUCUCGAAUUCUGGAAUUGAAAAGGCGUUUCUCUUUGAUGUGGUCAGUAAAAUUUAUAUUGCAACAGAUAGUACCCCCGUGGAUAUGCAAACUUAUGAGCUGUGCUGUGAUAUGAUCGAUGUGGUUAUUGACAUUUCUUGUAUUUAUGGUCUCAAAGAAGAUGGAGCAGGAACCCCCUAUGAUAAGGAAUCAACAGCCAUUAUAAAGCUGAAUAAUACAACAGUUCUUUAUUUAAAAGAGGUGACAAAGUUCCUGGCUCUUGUUUGCUUUGUCAGAGAAGAAAGCUUUGAAAGAAAAGGGCUGAUUGACUAUAAUUUCCAUUGCUUCCGGAAGGCCAUCCAUGAAGUUUUUGAGGUGAGAAUGAAAGUGGUGAAAUCACGAAAGGUUCAGAAUCGGCUGCAGAAGAAAAAAGGAGUGACCCCCAACGGGACACCCAGGGUGCUGCUAUAGGUGAGGUUUAAGGAGCACCUUUUGAAAUCAGACCUUUCAAUGAGGCUGCUAAGCUGUGUUGCACUAAAGGAAGAGGAAGAAGGAGAUUGGGACACGUGACAUAUUUCUUGUAAAAAAAAAAAAAAAAAAAUUCCUGCCACCCUCUUGAUCUUCUCUUUUAUAAAUAAAGUAUGCACUUUGAAGCAAAAACUUGUAUAUUAACGAUGAAGUGAAAUCCACUGUAACUUCAUUACGCAAAUUGUAAACUUUUAUGGUCUGUAGUCAGAAAAAAUCCUGUGUGAGAACUGCCAGGAACUGUAUAUAUUUUGCAAUUUUUCAUGUUUUUUUUCUUCUUUUAUCUCUCAUUGAACUAAACUUUGAUAAAACUUUUCUAAGCGUUUUUCUGUCCUUGGUGUUUAGGACAUGCAUACUGAGUCCAUAUCUAUAGGGCAAUCAGAAAUUAAUCAAAAAGUAAUGCGUUGGCAAUGAUUUUUUUAUAAAUUUGGGAAUUUUGCUACCCAUGGUUGAGAAAAAUCGUUUUCAGUGGAGGAACAGAUUGGGGUGGCAAGCUCCAGGAGCAAUAAGAACUGUCCCCUGUUUAUAACUGGUAUAAACAGAAGUUUUAUAGAAUAACAUUAGCACCAAACUUACCUAAAUAUUUCUAAAGCUGCAACAGUGCUUCCCUAGUCCACAGUUUUUAUAAAACUCUUUACCUCAACACAUAUCUCUAUAAUCAUUUUAUACAGAGAGCUUAUUUCUUUUUGCUGUGUUACUGUUCUUUAGAACCUUUGGGACCAGAUUUCCAAAAUGGUGCCGAUGACGGAAAAGAAAUCAGAAUGUCGCUAAGUUGCAGGGUUUUUUCUGGAGGCUUUUCUAUACCUGCCACCCAGGCUAAAGUAAUAUCAGAGGCCUCAUGGUUUCCCAAAUAAAGGUGAUGAGCAACUGCAGAUUGAGAAAUAUAUCCUAGACAAUCCUAUACAAUGUUUGACUCCUGUAGAAUGGGCCUCUUAUUGUGCAACAUUGAAAAUGUUUAUUUAGGACCUACCUUUUGUUUUGUUUUGCAUUACUCCAUGACCACAGGCCGAAUCUCAGCUCUCUGCCACAGAGCUGAGUCCUGGUGGACACAUUUGUCACCGCUGGGUCUCCUUCUUAUCUGUGACAGUGUGCCUUGCAGAUGCUGCCUCCUCUCACCUUAUGAUUGAACUAGAGUUUGGCAUGCCAGUAGCAUGCAUGGUCUACAUGGCUAAAAAGCCAUCCUGAAAACCCCUGUAGGUCAAUGGGUAAGGGUGGCUGGAGGAGGCAUUACAGUUAGCUCUGUGUCUGUUUCUAUGAAAUUCUUCCACUUAUGUUUACUUUGACCAACAGUAAGUUCAGAGAUUCUAAAUCUAGCCCCAUACCAAACCAUUCCAAGUAGGUGAUUCUAGAUCUAUCCCAAGGAUCAGUGCCUACAGCAUGUUGGCAGGUAUUAGAAAACAAAUUUUUUUUAAGCAGAGCCUCAGAGGAUAGGCAAUGCUGAUCCUAGCAAAAAUGUAUCAAGUUUCGAAAGCAACUUGUCCUUGAAACCAUCCCACUGCUUAUCUGCUGCUUCUUUCUAUCCUCUCCACAAGUCUUACUCCUUUGAGGCUGGUAACUGCAAUUUAAGAUGGUAGCUGAUUGAGGUUUAAGGUUUGAGCCCUUCCAAGGGUCUGUGCAUUUUGGAAGGAAAUUUCUAAAAAUUGUGAAGGUGUCCUAGCUCCCUUUCUCAUGAUUCCUACUCAGAAAUGUGGGUAGGUGGGAACCCAGAGUUCCAGGGAAAUCUUUUUCCUGGUUUCCAGACCUCCAACCUGUUGGACUUUUGCCAAUAUGGUACAUGUCGGUUAUUCUUAUGAAUCUAAUCCUUUAAUAUUUUUUACACAAUGUUUCUUUUUGAAUAAGCAAAUAAUCACUUUUCUAAAGCAGUGUUAUCCUCAAGACAGAGACAUUUGUCUAUCGGGUCAAUCACACAUGACUUGGGUAUAUGUAUUAUUGUAACCAGGUGGAGCUUCCAUUUUUAAGCUGGGUAUAUGAUAGGUUUUUUGUUAAAAUGUGCCUUAAAAGCCUCUUACUUCAAGUGCAAAUGAUUCUUUGAGGGAAAGGCAAAGUCAGUGCUAUGGCAUAGGACCCAAGUUCAUUGUAGUAAGUAUGCUCUUUGAUUAAUCACACACUGAUGGAUAGACUACUGUCUCAACGCUGUGAGCAUGGCAAUGACCUCUGAAUUAAAGAGAGAUGUCGGAGUUAUGUCUAAGCAUUCAGUUUCUGAAGUCUGUGCUAUUGGAAUUACAAAGUGUCUUCAAUUCCUAUUUCAUUUCAUUUUUGAUGUGGGACUUAGCUUGCUGCAAUGUGUGUGGCCACUUUUAGGUCUCAAAUCUAAUGCUAUAAAUACAUGUAAAUAUACAAAAUAAUGUAUACAUAUAAAGCCCAAAUACAUGGCUACAGUGACUGCUCUGGAACACUUUUGCUCAUUUCCAAAGGGUUAAGAACUUGACCUACAUGUUUCCAGGGCAAUUAGAACUUCAUGUGGUGGUGAGACUUUCUGUAAAUGAUCACCUUUGGUUAUUUUCAUUGAUGUAGAUUAGUGUGUAUGACCAGGGUAGCGUGUUUUGGAAGGAAUGUAAGUCAAAGCUGGUUGACAUUCACAAACAGUAAUAUUUUGUGAACAUAAUAUAUUUUGGACCCUUCAAUAUAAAAUGACUAAAAACCACAGCAAUAUUGUUACAUACGGGUUAUAUGUUGACUGUUUGAAACACAAGAAAAAUAGCUGAAUUGUCUUGAUUAUUAAAGUAUGGUAUGCAUUCAACUUC